AUGAAAGACAGUUUUAUUGGAUUUGAACCCAUAUCAGAGAGGAUAUGUGAAUCAAGAUUGAAGGGUCGGUUUAGAAAUACGACAGUUAUAACAUCCCAUGCACCAACAGAAGAAGCUGAAAACAAACAUAAAGAGGAGUUUUAUAAUGAAUUGAAUAGGACUGUAGACAAUAUUGUUAGGCAUGAUAUGUACACAAGGGAGGAGAAUGGAGGAAAUGAAACUAACAGAAAAAUUGAUGAAAUUUUGAAAUGUGAAGGUACUGUUAGCCUCCGCGAUUCAAACGCCGCGCCGGAGGUGCGCGCUCGGAGCCAGCAGGUGGCGCUGCGCCGCGGGGUGGCGGGGGGAGAGGAGGGGGAGGCCCCGAGCGCGGGCCGCGCCGCGCGCCGCCUCAGUCAACUGCCUCCCGCCGCCACGAGCGCCGCCGCGGACCAGCGCCAGCCGCACGACUCGCGCCCUGCCCGGCGGCAGCGAGGGGCCCAACGGUCCUCGCCCGGCCAGUGGCUGACGGUGGCCAUGCGGUUCGCGUGCGAGGCAGCCCUGAGGAGCGGCGAGGCGGAGGCGGACGCGGAGGCGCGGGCGGAGCUGGACUUCCUGUUGGACGUGCCGUCGCACUACUUCAAGAGCUCGUUCGCGCGCGCCGUGCUCAGCGACAGCCAGGCCCCGCGCUCCCUGGACGCCGGGGCGGGCGCGCGGGGCCUGGCCGGGCGUCGAAGCCAGCAGCAGCAGCGCCAGCGGCAGGUGCCCGCGCCGCCGCCGCCGACGCCUCAGGACGAGGACGACGACGAUGAGGACGCCGUGCAGCUGCAGGCGCCGCCGCGCGGAGCCCCCCGAGCACAGACCAGCGAGUUGGCGCGCAUCUGGAAGCUCAGACAGGAGUGCCGCGGGCCGCGCUGCUCGGGCGCGGGCGCGGGCGCGGGCGCGGGCGCGGGCGCGGGCGCGGGCGUGGGCGGGAUGGCCAGCCCGCGCGACGCUAGCGCCUUGGUGGACGCGGCGCGCCUCCAGUCGCAGGUGGACACGCUGGCGUGGCAGCUGAAGCAGACAGAAGCAAGCCGUCAGACAUACCGGAGGGUGAUGGAGCAAGUGGUUGUGUUCUUAGAGAGAACUCACAAGAGCCUUGACAAUCUACGACACAGCAGUACACCCAAUGGAAGCACACACAUCAAUGGAUCAACACCGAAUUGCAGGAGACGUCCAAGGAAGGCAAAUAUAAAUCCUGACUGUGUACCUCCGGAAAAACUUUCAGAAGAAUCAUUUCGCCUUCUUAGAUUGGUGCAGUCUCUUUUGAACGUCCAAGAACCAGACUUGACCCUAAGGAUUAGUGCAGUAAGCGAUAGAGUAUCUGUAACGUCUUCAGUAACGGACCACAUGCCUGACACAUUAUACACUAAUUCGAUAAGUCAGAGGAGUAGUACUGCAUCUUCAGGCUUUGAUAUGGCUGACGAUAAAGGCUCGGUGUUAGAAUUAAAUUCUUUCAAUAAGAAAUUAUUGAAGCACGAUUCACCCACAUCUCUUAGUCUGUCAUGUAGUUCCCCUGUCCCUAGUACCUGCAAUAGAAGUCACACAUCUGACACUAUUUCUAUUCACUCAAUUAAUUCAACGUCGUCGAAAACAUUGGAGUGUAAGAACACAGCACUGACCAGUGGACUAGAGUCUGGAUUUGCUGGCCAUACUAAUUAUUCGAGGAAAGGUUCAAACUUUACUCCAUUAAAACUUGAUAAAGAUACAGAGAUAUCAAAUGGUUACCCUACAAAUGGCACAUCUCUCAAACAACAGCUUAGUGAAGAUGAAAGUGGGUUUUCUUCCAUGAGUUCAUUUCAGGAAGUAGGAGUACCUAUUAUUACACCUCCACUGUUGCCAUCAUCACCCCCUCCGAGUGGAUCAUACCAAGAAGUUGGUUUGCCAUUAAUAGAAAGCCAAACUCCAAAUAAUUCUGGAAACCACAGACGCUGGAGUUCCACUCCAGUGACUGGUGAGACGCAGUUUCCGCAUCCCAGUAGGUCCUUCUGCCUGCCAGGGGAGUCUUGGAAGGUGCUCUGGGUGUAGCAAAACUCAUUUUAUAUCCACAAUAGUACUGUUUGUAAGUCAGAUAUAUUCAUGUUGCACACAGAUAACUUGAUUUCCUUCUAUUUCUCUGCCAUUAUGGAUACUAUUUUUCUAAUGGAUGACUUUAGUUUUUUGAUUCAUGAAUUUUGUGUCAAUUAUUUCCUUGAAUCACAAAAGAUUUAAUGAAAUUGCCACUAUAUUAUUCUUUGUGCAGUUAAGAAAAUAAUUUGACACACAAAACUUACCAACUUCUCUUAGAAAUUUUAAAUCAUUCUAAUGUUAUUCACCAUUAAAUGAGCUGUCUAUUAAUAAUUAAAUUUCAUUAAGUACUUCUGAUUCUGUAGCUUUGCACUUAAAUAAUGUGUAGCUAUGAUCAGCAAGAGCAAGUUAAACUUGUUACUCUGGUUCUUCUUAAAAUUUGAAGAUACUAAGAGAUAUUGUUUCUCUCUGUGUUCUUGUAAUUUUAUGAUCAAAGAUUAUUGCUAAUUCACAAGACACUACUGUAUUGUCUUUUUUCUCAUUAACUGUUGUGUGACCUGUCAAAGUGUUAUUGAACUUUUAUCAAUACGGGCAAGGAGGAAGUGGGUGUAGUUGUGUGUAGAAUGUUGUGGCUGUUCAUCACAGUUUAGCUGGUUUCAUGUAGAGAUCAAUUGUUAGAAAUGUAGUGUAUCAUUAUUUUGCCAUAAACUAUUUAACAUUUUAUCUUUAGAAAGACUAGAACCAAUCACCUUUUUUGAAUGAAUGACAAGUAAGAUAAUUCUAUUACAUCUACAUCAAACUAGAAACCAUUUCCUAAAAAUAGGCAGUAUUAUCAAUUGAAAGAUCAAAUGUCAAUUACACAAAUAAAAUCAAAACAAAUUACAUAAGAACAAUAAAAAUACAAUAGAGUUCAACAGAAUGUAGUAAUAUUCAGAAACUUAAAAGAAAUUUGACAGAAGAAACAUAUUUUGCUGUUAUGAAAUGUGAGCGAGUAUUCCAAUGCAUCGCUUACAUUCAUAAAUGUGGCCAAUUCUUGCACCUAAUGUUUGUAACUACAUUAUAUUUUUUAGAAAAUUGAUGUAUAUUUAUUGUAUGCUUUUUUGAAGGAGAAAUAAAUGUGUUCUCUCAAAA